AUGGCCUCGUCCGCAAAUCCGAACACCUCAGUUGCGACGCCCACAGCUGACGAGCUCGCCGCGUUCGCCAGUGAUCCCAUCUUCAGCCCGGAGGAAGAAGCGUCCCUCCUGGCUUCUGCAAACGAGCAAAAAAGCCACGCGAACUCACUCUUCACCUCGGGUGCCUACAGCGACGCCAUUUCCGCAUACGGCCGUGCGCUGGCCAGCGUGCCGAACUACUUGGAUUAUGAGGUCGCAGUUCUUAGGGCGAAUGUCGCGGCAUGCCACGUAAAACUCGAGGAGUGGAAGGAGGCGGUGGAUGCGGCGACGGAAUGUUUGGAGAGAUUAGAGGGGUUGGGUGGAGAUGAGGAAGCGAAUGGUGCUGGAAAAGGUGCAAAGAAAGAUACAGCCAAGGGUGGGAAUAACGGCCAGGGCCGGGACAAGACCAAGGCAAACGCAGAUAUCAGCGGUGUGGUGGAGGAGCUGUCAGACAGCGACGAGGAGGCGGCACCCUCGUUCGCAGAGAAGAAGGGCAACGAUGCAGCAGCAAAAGACUCUCAAGAAGCACAGCAGAAAGAAGAGGAAAAGAACAAAGCAGCCGACGAUGCCGCCGCCCUUGACCGGCGCCUGUCCCACCUCAACCGCCUUUCGCACACCACGACCGACGUCCGCAAGCUGCGCACCAAAGCGCUGCUGCGCCGCGCGAAGGCGCGCGCCUCGCUGGGAUCCUGGUCCGACUUGCAGGGCGCCGACGACGACUACCGCGCCGCCGCCGCCACGCCUGGCGGCCUUGCCCCCCUCGACAAGAAGGCCGUGGACCAAGCGCUGCGCGAGCUGCCGGCCCGGCUGGAUGCAGCAAAGCAGAAGGAGAUUGGUGAGAUGAUGGGGAAGCUUAAGUCCCUAGGCAAUGGCCUGUUGAAGCCGUUUGGGCUGAGUACGGAUAAUUUCAAUUUCGUCAAGGACGAGAAGACCGGAGGGUAUUCUGUGCAGAUGAACUAG